UUUCCUAACCCGACACGUUUUCCACAGAAAAAUUAACGGAAUUGCCACUAUGAGCUUCUUGGUUCCUAGCAGAGGAGCCAAGAUUCCUCUCUCCAUCAUCGUUCUCGUUCUCUGUGGUUUUAUGUUCAUUGUUCUCUUAUACACCGAAAGAAUCAGCUUGAUGUCCUCUUCCACUUCGUCUUCUAAUGUCCUCAAGUUGAAGUCUUGUCCUAGGAAAGACAUUAGCUCGAAACCUAAGGAGAGAAUUCAAGAGGAGAAAGUUCGAGAAGAAAAAGUAGCAGAGGAGAAAAUAAGGGAGGAGAGAUCACAAAAUAUGGAUGUGGUGGACGACAGAUUCGAAUUCGAUCCAGAAGAGUGUAAUGUUGCAGCCGGGAAAUGGGUUUACAAUAGCUCAGCUGAGCCACUCUACACCGAUGAGUCAUGUCCAUACAUCGACCGUCAAUUCUCAUGUACGAAAAACGGAAGACCAGAAACUGAUUAUCUUCGAUGGGAAUGGCAGCCUGAUGAUUGUACUAUCCCACGAUUUAGCGCGAAGUUAGCAAUGAAUAAACUGAGAGGAAAAAGAUUACUCUUUGUCGGAGAUUCGUUACAACGAAGCCAAUGGGAAUCGUUCGUGUGUUUGGUUGAAUCAAUUAUACCCGAAGGAGAAAAAUCAAUGAAGCUUGACCAAAAAUACUUUGUAUUUAAAGCAAAGGAAUACAAUGCGAGUAUAGAGUUCUACUGGGCACCGUAUAUUGUGGAAUCGAACACGGAUUUGCCUGUGAUUUUGGAUUUGAAGAAAAGGAUAGUGAAAGUGGAUUCAGUGAAAGAUCGAUCCAAGCAUUGGGAAGGAGCUGACAUUCUAGUUUUCAACACUUAUGUUUGGUGGAUGAGUGGAAUCAGAAUGAAAGCUUUGUGGGGUUCGUUUGGAAAUGGGGAGAGAGGUGCGGAGGCUUUGGACACAGCAGUGGCUUACAGGCUAGGUCUCAAGACAUGGGCUAAUUGGGUUGACUCUACCGUUGACUCUAACAAGACCAAAGUCUUCUUCACCACCAUGUCUCCUACUCAUUCUAGGAGUGCGGAUUGGGGGAAGCCAAACGGGCCGAAGUGUUUCAACGAGACGGAGCCAGUAAAAGAUAAGAGCUUUUGGGGGACUGGCUCCAGCAAGGAGCUGAUGAAAGUGGUUUCAAGCGUCGUGAAGCACAUGGCCACGCACGUGACAGUCAUUAACAUUACGCAGCUCUCCGAGUACCGCAUCGACGCGCACACAUCCGUCUACACGGAGACAGGGGGCAAGAUGCUAACGGCUGAGGAGAGGGCUGAUCCUAUGCGUCACGCUGAUUGCAUACAUUGGUGCCUCCCUGGAUUGCCCGAUACGUGGAACCGUAUCCUAUUGGCUCAUUUGUAAAUAAGAAAAAAGCCAUAGGAAACUGAUGAUGAUGUGGUUGUAACGUGGUAAACGAGACGUGGAGAAAAUUCAAAAAAGGAAAAAUAAUUCAGAAAAAAAAAACAAAGAAAAAGAAAAGUCCAAUGGGUUAGUGCAAGUUAUCAGAUCAUUUUAUUGGUUGGA